GCCAGCUCGGCGUCUACCCUCACUCAGCACGGAUUCAGCGACCUACCUUCCAGGACGAGCAAUUGACUCUUUCCGCUUCCCGAUCCUGCCAGCUAUCGCCGCGAACGACCCCGCUUAACCCGCGCACAAUGACUUCUCCGACGAGUCAACGCCGCCCUCGUGGUGGCAGCGAAGACCAAGGCAAUGGUGUCUUCGACGAUGCGAAAACCUACUAUACCUCAGAGGAGCGCCAUGUCAACCGUGCUGGACCUCGAACCAGAACCUAUUCACAGAACAGCUUGUUCCAACAAUUCGAGCGUAUGGGACUUCGCGAGCCCUUCCGAAGAGGCAGUCACGACGAGUCCUCCAUCCUUGCGAACCGAAAGUUCCUCAUUCAAGUAGACGAGACGCUCAAGAGCUUGCAGGCUCAAGAAGAUACCGAUGGAAACAUGCAAAUCACCAUUGAGGACAAUGGUCCCAAGGUCUGGUCGCUGAGAACCGCUGCCUCCGCGGGCCACAACCGAUUCGAUGUCCGCGGAACCUACAUGCUUUCCAACCUGCUGCAAGAGUUGUCCCUUGCCCAACAAUACGGCCGCAAACAGAUCAUCCUCGACGAGGGCCGCCUGAACGAGAACCCCGUGAACCGAUUGUCGAGACUUAUCAAGGACCACUUUUGGGAGGGAUUGACGAGAAGAAUUGAUGCCUCGACCGUGGAGAUUGCAGCCAGAGAUCCCAAGGACUGGACUGAUGACCCGCGCCCGCGUAUCUAUGUUCCCGUUGGAGCUCCGGAACAGUUCGAGUUCUAUACCAAGGUGGCUCAAGAUCGCCCAGAGAUCCGCUUGGAUGUUGUCAGGCUUCCCGAGGUCAUCACUCCCGAGCUGGUUCGCGACAUGAAUGCCAAGCCUGGCCUUCUCGCUGUUGAGAUGGAGAAGAUCAAGGAUCCCAAGACGGGCGAGGACACACUCAGGGGUCUUCCCUUUGUGGUGCCGGGCGGGCGGUUCAACGAGCUCUAUGGCUGGGACAGCUACAUGGAGUCCCUUGGUCUCUUGGUUAAUGACAAGGUCCAUCUCGCCAAGUCGAUGGUGCAGAACUUCUGUUUCUGUAUUCGUCACUACGGCAAAGUCCUCAACGCCACUCGCUCCUACUACCUCUGCCGUUCUCAGCCCCCCUUCCUCACCGACAUGGCCCUCCGCGUCUACGAGAAGAUCAAGCACGAGCCCGAUGCCAAGGAAUUCCUCCGCACAUCUAUGCUCGCCGCCAUUAAGGAGUAUCACAGUGUCUGGAUCGCCGAGCCUCGUUUGGACCCUGUGACUGGUCUCUCGAGAUACAGACCUGAAGGAUUAGGUGUUCCCCCUGAGACGGAAGCAGACCACUUCGUCCACAUCCUCGAGCCCUAUGCCGAGAAGCAUGGCAUCACUUGGCAGGAGUUCGUCCAGGCCUACAACAACGGCAAGAUCAAGGAGCCGGAGUUGGACGACUACUUCCUGCACGACCGAGCUGUGCGUGAGUCUGGCCACGAUACCUCCUACAGACUGGAGAAGAUCUGCGCUGAUCUUGCGACCAUCGACUUGAACUCGCUUCUCUUCAAGUACGAGACUGACAUUGCCCGCACUAUUCGAAACGUCUUCAACGAUAAGCUCGUCAUCCCCGACGAAUUCGCUGUUGGACCGCUCAAGGCUGGCGAGGUGGUUACUUCGGCAAUCUGGGACCGCCGGGCGAAGCGCAGAAAGCUUGCUAUUGACAAGUACCUCUGGAACGAGGAGGCGGGUAUGUACUUCGACUACAACACCGCCAAGAAGGAGCAGUGUGACUACGAGAGUUGCACCACUUUCUGGGCUUUGUGGGCCGGCGUGGCAUCUCCCAAGCAAGCGGCAGCAAUGGUUCAGCAGGCACUGCCCAAGUUCGAGGCUGUCGGCGGUUUGCUGUCGGGCACAAAGAAGUCCCGGGGUGAAGUUGGCCUGGAGCGCCCUAACCGCCAGUGGGAUUACCCCUACGGCUGGGCUCCUCAGCAGAUGCUUGCUUGGACUGGACUUGUUCGCUACAGCUUCACUGACGAGGCCGAGCGUCUGGCGUACAAGUGGCUGUUCAUGAUGACCAAGGCCUUUGUUGACUUCAACGGCGUGGUUGUCGAGAAGUACGACGUUACUCGACCAAUUGAUCCCCAUAGGGUCGAUGCCGAGUACGGUAACCAGGGUCUCGAUUUCAAGGGUGUCGCCAAGGAAGGAUUCGGAUGGGUCAACGCCAGCUACGUCUACGGACUGCAAAUCGUCAAUGCACACAUGCGCCGUGCUCUUGGAACGCUCACCCCAUAUGAGACCUUUGUGAAGGCCAUUGAAGAGAACAAUGAGAAGCAACUUGCUGAGCUUCUCUGAGUGGCUCUGUCAUGGUCAGGAGACCAAGCUACACAAAACGUAUACGAUGGGCCAUCAAAAACACGACGAAAAGCUGGUAAAAACGGUACAGGACCUGUUGUCGAGUCUUGGGUCGUCGAAUUGGAUUGGCCUCGAGAGGGGUCUGCAUUUGCUC